GUCGCCUCGCGCGGCGGCAAAAUUCGUAUUAACAAAAGACAGAGAGAGAGCGACAACACUAGAUAAGCGCGCACCCACUCGCACUCGCUAAAGAAACGCAAAUGACAUCGAGCGGUUAGUUCAAAACAACAAACAAAUCGAAUCAAAGUCGGUGAAAGUCGUAAAAGACAUUAAUAAUAGAAACAAUAGAACCAAACAAAUAAAAUAAACAAGAACGGUAACCCGCGACGUAACAACAAAUAACAAUAAAACUAAAGCCAGCAGCGCGACAAAAAAAUGUCCUCGCCGCUGAUGCUGCCAGCGUCGCCGCCGUUGUCGCUUUAACUGCGAACGGUCCGCCGUCCGCUGAUUCGCUGCACCGCUCUAACUUUCCGCCUAUCGCCGUUCGCCAGAGGAAGCGGGCAGACUACAAGUCAGGUGCCCGAUAAAAAAAAACCAUAAGGGGCGGCAACAUGUCGCAGCAACAUGAGGCAACAACAGUCGCCGCAGGAGCUCCUGUUUCGCUGCACUUGGAGAAGCCUUUGAACAAUGGCUACCUGCAGGCGAAUGCGCCUCUGGAGGAACUGAGUGCCACCGUGGUGUCGCCGCUUUUGGGUCAGCAACAAAUGCAACAGCAACAACAGCAGCAGCAACAGCAGCAGAAUAAGCUGCCCACUGUCGUAUUCCUGGCUCCCGAUGGCAGUGGGGGCGUGGGAAUCCAACGUGGUAAUCCGACGCAGGGUAAUCCCGGCGCAGGAGCGGUAAGUGUUGGGACUCGGGGCCACAGCGACUGGCUGCUUAAGGAAUCACAGCAGCGGCGCCGUCUCCUCAUCCUGGCCAUUGCAUUCACCGUUCUGGGAGCGGCCAUCGGGGCACUGGCCAUCUACUUCGCCAGCGUCCACCAACGAUGCCAACUUUACCGCCUGGAGCCAGGCAACGAUGACAGACCGAACGGCAGGUGGAACCAGGAUUCGGGAUCCGCCCACGAGGGGUUGGAAAGCGUUUGCAUGACCCAGGAGUGCGUGAGAACAGCGGCUUCCCUGCUUUCGGCCAUGGACCUGAACUCCGAUCCCUGUGAGGACUUUUUCCAAUAUGCCUGCGGUACGUGGAACAAAAUGCAUCCAAUUCCAGAGGAUCGCAGUUCCAUCAGCACUUUUGAGGUCCUGUCCGAUCAGCAGCAGGUUAUCCUGCGCGCUGUCCUUGAGGAACCUAUCGAUGAACGCGACAACAAGGCCACCAUCAAGGCCAAAACCUUCUUCAAAAGCUGCAUGGAUAUACCUCAAAUCCGCAAGAUCGGCACUGGGCGACUGAAGCAGGUGCUGCAAUCCCUGGGAGGAUGGCCAGUCAUCGAACGGGAUUGGAGUGCGCCGGCGGAUCUCUCCGUGGAGCGACUGAUGGGCCUGCUGCGGCUUAACUACAGCGAACCGGUGAUGAUCGAGCUCUAUGUGGGUGCCGACGACAAAAACAGCUCGGUAAACAUCCUGCAGAUGGACCAGCUGCAGUAUGCGCUGCCCUCGAGGGAUUACUACCUGAAGGAGAGCAGUGCCAACGACCGAAGGGCAUACCAUCGGUAUAUGACACAGGUGUCCCUACUCCUGGGAGCGGAUCCUGCCACAGCCGCCGAUGAACUGGAGAAAGUGGUGCUAUUCGAGACGCAGCUGGUAAAUGUCUCACUGCCGGAGGCAGAUCGACAUGAUACAAGCUUGGUUUAUCGCAAGAUGUCGCUGCCAGAGCUUCAAGAACUAGUGCCCGAAGUCCAAUGGCAAGAGUACUUGCAGGCUGCGCUGGGUCCGGGGAUUCCCUUGCAGGAGGAUGAACCUCUUGUUACUUAUGGCCUGCAGUAUCUUACCGAAAUGGGCAAGAUCCUAGCCAAAACUGAUCGCCGGGUAAUACACAACUAUAUGCUGUGGCGACUGGUCAUGUCCCUGAUGUCUCACAUGAUCGACGAAUAUCAGCGGGAGAGGGUGGAAUUCCGCAAGAUCCUAAUGGGCAUUCAGUCGGAAAGAACCCGCUGGUCGCAGUGCGUCGAGUGGACCAACAAAAAGCUGGGCGUGGCCGUGGGAGCCUUAUUCAUCCGGGACAAUUUCAACCAGGAGAGCAAGGAGGUGGCCCUCGAGAUGAUCCACACCAUAAGGGCGGCUUUCAACGAACUUCUGGCCGAAAACGAUUGGAUGGAUGACGAGACGCGUGCGGUCGCCAAAGAGAAGGCUGACUCAAUGAAUGAACGAAUUGGCUAUCCGGAGCUGCUGACCAAUGCCACUGAGUUGGAACAGGAGUACGUGAACCUUACCAUAGUCUCGGACAACUUUAUCAACAAUGUCCUUAGCAUUCUGCAAUGGGAAUCGGAGAAGAUGCUGCGACUCCUACGCCAACCAGUUGAUAAGGAAAAAUGGACAACUGAACCGGCGGUGGUUAAUGCCUUCUACAAUCCGAAUAAAAACGAUAUAGUAUUUCCUGCUGGCAUCCUUCAGCCCUUGUUCUACAGUCAACACUUUCCCAAGUCCUUAAAUUACGGCGGGAUCGGAGUGGUUAUUGGUCAUGAGAUCACCCACGGAUUCGAUGACAAGGGUCGGCAGUUCGACAAGGAGGGCAACAUGAUGCAAUGGUGGAACAAUGCCACCAUCGAGGCUUUUCGAGAACGGACGCAAUGCGUCAUCGAUCAGUACUCACGCUACAAGAUCAACGAGGUGGACAUGUUCAUGGACGGACGAAUGACACAGGGCGAGAAUAUCGCCGAUAACGGCGGUCUUAAACAGGCAUUUAGGGCCUACAAGAAAUGGGAGAAAUUGCAUGGUCCGGAACAGCAGCUGCCUGGCUUGAACAUGACCCAUGAGCAGCUAUUCUUUCUGAACUAUGCCCAAAUCUGGUGCGGAUCCAUGCGGCCGGAGGAUGCAUUAACUAAGAUACGUUCUGCGGUCCAUUCGCCAGGAUUUGUCCGUGUCCUGGGGCCACUUUCGAAUUCGCACGACUUUGCCAGCGCCUACAAAUGUCCCCUGGGCAGCACCAUGAAUCCGGCGGAAAAGUGCAGCGUGUGGUAGUCUGCCGUGGUCGUCGAUGUUUUUUUUAUAUAUUUAUAUCAUACUAUAUAGUAUAUACAUACCUAUAUACACAAUACCAGUACUGUAGAUCACCUGCGGCAACAAACAACCCAAGGCGAUGAGAUUAAGGAUCAUCAUCCGUUCUGUUCCAAAUUUUUUAUGUAGGUUCCAUUUUUUUUUUGUUCUGUUUGUUAUGGCGCAGUAAUGCAUAUGUACUUUAUACCUGGCUAUAUAGAUUUAUAGUGUGUGUUUGUAGCUGUACACAAGUGCGUUAUCAAAGAGAGCCCUAAAAUCCGCACUUUCCACAACCCUCCUAACCGGCAUUAUAUUCGUGAAUAAAGAACAAGUACGGAAA